GCCGAGCGCAGGCCGCGCCGGCCCCGGGGCCAUGGAGUCCUGGACCUUCCGACCAUCCAGCCUUCUCCAAGGUGAUGACUCCAGUCUCCUGAGACGUUGGAAAACCUAGUUUGGAAGAAGAAUAAAGAUACAGUUGAUGCUGAACUACAGCCAAGGAUGAAGCGACGAGCAUCAGACAGAGGAGCUGGGGAAACAUCCACUAAGGCAAAAGCUCUUUGUACAGGGAUUUCUGGAAAUAAUGCCAAGAGAGCGGGCCCUUUUAUACUAGGUCCACGUUUAGGUAACUCCCCUGUGCCAAGUAUUGUUCAGUGUUUGGCAAGAAAGGAUGGGACAGAUGACUUUUAUCAGCUGAAGAUUCUCACUUUAGAAGAAAGGGGUGAUAAAGGAAUAGAAACCCAGGAGGAGCGACAGGGGAAGAUGCUGCUGCACACGGAGUAUUCUCUCCUUUCCCUGCUCCAUAACCAGGAAGGAGUGGUUCAUCACCAUGGGCUCUUUCAGGACCGAGCUUGUGAAAUCAUAGAAGAUCUAGAAGCAAACAGAAUGGUCAGGAAAAUGAAGAAGCGCAUUUGUCUCGUGUUAGACUGUCUCUGUGCCCAUGAUUUCAGUGACAAAACAGCAGAUCUGAUCAAUCUGCAGCAUUAUGUCAUUAAAGAGAAGAGACUCAGUGAGCGGGAGACGGUAGUGAUAUUUUAUGAUGUGGUACGAGUGGUAGAAGCAUUACAUAAGAAAAAUAUUGUGCACAGAGACUUGAAACUAGGAAACAUGGUGCUAAACAAAAGGACUCAUCGAAUAACCAUAACAAACUUCUGUCUCGGGAAGCACCUGGUGAGUGAGGAUGACCUGCUGAAGGACCAGCGAGGGAGCCCUGCCUACAUCAGCCCAGACGUGCUCAGUGGACGGCCAUACCGUGGAAAACCCAGCGACAUGUGGGCUUUGGGAGUGGUGCUCUUCACCAUGCUCUAUGGCCAGUUCCCCUUCUACGACAGCAUACCUCAGGAGCUCUUCCGCAAAAUCAAGGCUGCCGAGUACAACAUCCCUGAGGACGGACGGGUCUCAGAAAACACUGUGUGCUUGAUCCGAAAGCUGCUGGUCUUGGAUCCGCAGCAGCGUCUGACAGCUUCUGAAGUGCUGGAUUCCCUCAGCUCCAUCAUAGCAUCGUGGCAGUCAAUGUCCUCGCUGAGCGGCCCUUUGCAAGUGGUGCCAGACAUCGACGACCAAGUGGCUAACCCAGAGAACCCUCAAGAGGUGAAGGUGACGGAGGAGUGCUCGCAGUACGAGUUCGAGAACUACAUGAGGCAGCAGCUGCUCUUGGCUGAGGAGAAGAACACGUUGCACGAGGCCAAGAGCUUCCUCCAGAAGCGGCAGUUUGGGAACAUCCCCCCAGUGCGACGCCUGGGCCACGAUGCUCAGCCCAUGAACCCUUUGGACGCAGCGAUCCUGGCCCAGAGGUACCUUCGGAAGUAGCUCCCCGCCCGUCCGAGAGCACAAGCACCAUCCUGCAGUCUGCCUUUCACGUCGCCUACUACAGCUCAACAGCAAUACCCGUGUCCCGUGAUGGAGAGUAAUGUAGCAAUUCUUCUGAGCUCUGUUCAGGGACACGCACUCACACUCACUCUGGAGGGAGAAGACUUUUGGGCAAAGCUAGUUUUGGAAGCAGCAACCUCUUGGCAUCUUCUGGAAUCUUGUUUUUUUAAAUCGAAGCCUAGAUGACUAAUCUGCUUUUAAUCAUGACUGUAAUCUAC